GACCGACAGCUGAUGGGGGGAGCAGCAGCGGUGGUUCGGGGCUGCAGCGACAGCCGUCAGGCUCGGCAUCAGGUUCGGACACGCCGAAGCUGAAGCAGUGGGUAGCGGCACAUCCCCCUGCACACGGCUUGGAUAAAGCUGCGCUGGUGGUGGACGGCUCUGCCUUGUCGUAUCUGUGGAAGGAGGUGGUGGGGAGGGACGGUGCAGCAAGAGAGGGCAGCAAGGGCGCGGACGUGCGCAGAGAGAAGGUUUACAACACCAUGUUUAACGUGCCAUGGCGGUGUGAGCUGCUGAUCAUAAUGGGCUACCUCGUGUGUCUCGACUCCUUCCUCUCGCUCCUCGCCAUCCUCCCCAUCCGCCUCUUCCUCCUCCUGCUUCGGUUGCUCCUAGCACCCUGGAGGGGGCGGCUGCAUCUGGGUGUGGACGACAUAGCUGACGUCGGCAAGGGCGUCAUCAUUGCAUGCGGUGUGCUGGCGCUACAGCAGGCUGACGUCAGCCUCAUUUACCACUGGAUCCGCGGGCAAAACAUUCUGAAGCUUGUCGUAAUCUACAAUGUGCUUGAGGUAAUGGACAAGCUGUGCCAGAGCUUUGGCUGCGACGUGCUACAGAUGACUCUCAACACAGCUGCUCGUGUGGCCGCCGCUGCUACAGCCGGCUCAGCAGCAGGGGAAGCAGAUCGAGCGGGCGGCGCAACAGGAGGGACAGCAGGAGCAGCAUCAGGAGGGACAGCAGGAGCAGCAUCGGGAGGAGGAAGGGCAGCAGCAGCAGCAGCAGCAGUACCAGUGCCUGCCCCUGCAUCCCUACCAACUGAAACCCUCCGGUUUAUCAUCGAUGAAGCGAUAGCAGUGGCAUGCUUCCUGCUGCACGCGCUGGUGCUGCUGACUCAGGCCGUGACGCUGAACGUGGCCAUCAACUCGCACAACCACAUCCUCGUCACUCUCCUUGUUUCAAACAACUUUGCGGAAGUUAAAUCCAACGUGUUCAAGCGCUUCAGCCGGGAGAACAUUCACAAGCUUGCCUGCUUAGACACGGUGGAACGGUUUCAUCUCUCGUGUCAUCUCCUCUUCGUGGUGGUUCAGAACGUGGUGAAGGGGCAGGGCACCUCGCUGUCCUUCUUCAUCCGGAACGUGUGCACGGUGUGGGGCUGUGAGAUGCUGGUGGACAACCUAAAGCACUCCUUUCUCGCUAAGUUCAACGAGAUCAAGCCUGAAACCUACUCCGACUUCCUGCUCUCGCUCUGCAGACAGGUGAACCGCUCUGCAGGCAGGUAG